AUGCCCGACGAUUAUUCCUCCACAGGCGGGGGCCUAAAACUGAAGGGCGCCAGUACCGGUGCCGGCAUCACCAAGAAGAAGAAGAAGAAGAAGAACAUAGCUACCACAACCACAUCUUCCUCGACCGCUGGAUCAGAAACAGUCUUACAGAAGGCCUUAAAGGAUGAAGAUACUCUAGAGACGACGAGUCUUGGAGAAGAUGGGAGAAAUAUCGACGGAGAGGAUGAAGUGAUGGGUUUGAACGAAGAACAACUGACGGAACUGGAUCCUCGCGAUCAAUCUGGGAAAACGGCCUCAGAGAGAGCGCACGAGGAGAUGAGAAGGAGGAGGCUAAAUGACCGACUCAAACGCGAAGGGACUGGAGAGGCAGGAUUAUGCGAGUUCGAUAAUAGGAUGCAUUGCAGCGGACCAUACGAUUCAUCUCUCAUCGAAUCCGCAAUGGUUAGGAAUGAAAUCGAAAAAAAAGCUUGCGGGAAUGAUGAAUAG